GCGUGCGCACUCCGCGCGCGCUUCGGUUGUGGAGCGGUCUUGGGCUGUCUGCUCUGCAAAUGGGCUCCGUUGCCUAGCGUCCCCGUCCCCGUCCCCGCCACCCGUGAUCGCGCGCCGAGGCCCGCGAGGGGUCGCCGCCAAGGUUUCCACCAGCCCACAAGCGACAGCAUGGCAGCCAUCCCCUCCAGCGGCUCGCUCGUGGCCACCCACGACUAUUACCGGCGCCGCCUGGGUUCCACUUCCAGCAACAGCUCCUGCGGAAGUGCUGAGUAUCCCGGGGAAGCCGUCCCUCACCACCCGGGUCUCCCCAAGGCUGACCCAGGUCACUGGUGGGCAAGCUUCUUUUUCGGGAAGUCCACUCUCCCGUUCAUGGCUACAGUGUUGGAGUCCCCAGAACGCUCGGAAUCUCCCCAGGCCUCCAGCGGUUCGAUCCCCUGUGACCCGGCUCUGGAAGCCAUGAGGAAGCAACCUGGUGGCCAGCCUGGCACAGCCAACACCGGUCCCCAAUCCUGAGUGGCCCCUGCCAGGCUUCAGGAGGCACUAGGCUCAGGAGAGCCCCCCCCUUCCCCUCCCCUCCCGUCCCCAUCCCUUCCCUCCCCUCCUCUUCCCCCCUCUCCCCUCUCCUCCCCUCCUAGACUAGGGGGGCUGCGGCUAAGCACUUGGGUUCUUUUAUAUCAAAAUAACAAAACACCAAAAAGGAAGUUAAGAGAACCCCACUCUUUACUGUCCCAGCCACACGCAAGCCUCCCCGACACCCUGUAACCGUGUGCCUUGCACCAAGUGGAAAAUAAACUCCAAGCAGCCAGUA